UAAUAAUUUACAAAAUGAAAAUUUCAGCCGAUGUUAUAUGUAGAGUUUGCAAGAACGUAUUUUGUUGCGAAAAAUGUCGUCAAAAGCAUGAAAUUAAAAAUCAUGCUAUUGUGGUCCAAAAUUCUGCCCAAUUAUCUGACAAACAAGAGUCCUCCAAGGCUAUAUAUCUCUUUUGUUCUAUAUGCGCUAAACAACCAUUAACAUUAAAGGUUCACAUGUACGAGGAGAUGUUGGAGCAUAUAAACGCAAACCAUUUACCUCUUCAUUGCAUAAAAUGUGAUAAGUUGUAUACAAAAAUCGCAGAUUUAAAAGAAUUUACUAAAUGUUCCGUAACUUCCAACGUAAGUAAGGAACAGAAAUGCGUUUUAAAUCAAAACAGUACCAAAGACAGUUCCAAGUCUGGUUUAACAAAAACAGUUACACAAAUCACCAUUUCAACACAGACAUCACCUUUGCGAGAGAACGAUUUCGACGUUGUAAGUCAUACCCCGAUGUCAAUGCUACAGCUACGUUGGAGAACACAAAGCAAAAUUACGCAGGGUGAAUUUAUAAGUGACAGCGUUUCAUCUAUUAAAAACAUAUCAAAUAUAAGCAAUUCUUCGAUUCGACGCAGCAUUGGAGUUGGCCCACAAGUUAGAGGAAAACUUGUACGCUCCACUUCAACACCAGUUAACACUGAAUUCGCUGUUGCAAAACCUAAAGAGCCCACUUUUAACUCAUCCGGUGAACAUGUUUCAAGUAUUUAUGGUAGUGGAUGUGAUGUAGAAAGUCCAGCAAUGCAGAACCCAACAGGAGGAACACCCUCUAAACAAGCUUUGGAUCACAAAAAUAGGUAUAGAAAAACAAAUAGAACUAAAUUGCCAGCGGUCACACCAUUGCGACAGGUUAUGUCAAAAAGUAUACAGAAGGCAAUGUUCGAACGCGGAUUAUGUAUACCAAAUACAGCGGAAGCGCCAUUAGAUCUUCGUUUGUCACCAGCAAUGCGUCGUACUCAAAGUGAUGUCUCAGAUUUGAGUAGACGCUCGUCGUUAUUGCAUAAAGCACAAUUACACCGUGAGCAUUUAUCGCAAAAACUAACAGAACAGAUUGUUAUAACCAAAACCAAACAUUUAACCAGUGUGGAAUCAGUGACAGACAGAAAUUCUGAAAUUCAAUCUAUUAAAUCUAAUUCCAAUUCCAAUUCAACUUCAUCUGUUCAAUCCUCUGUAGACAACGCAAGCACAACAUCCAAUUCAGUAUAUCAAACGUGCCAUAGCGUCGAGAUUAUUACUUCUACAGAGUUAAGUGAGGUAAACAUACAGAAAAAUUCUUGUGCUACUUCAGCGGCGAGUGCUGAAGCGGUUGAUCUUCUAAAUCCCUUGAAAAACUUUCCUAAAACGGAAGAAAAUAACUUUGAUACUAUAACACCAAUAACACGUAAACAAAAAGUUUUAAAAAAAAUUAUAAAAUUUGAAACACCUCAAAUUGAGAGUCAGUUAGAUAAGGAUAUAAACACUUCAACAAAUAGCGAAGUAUUUUAUACACCUACUUCGACGCCUUUACGUAAGAGCAGCAUACGUAGCAAUACCAAAAAUUCUGAUUGUUCGGAUGUUUAUAAAGAAGCUGUACCACGAAAUUUAUCAGAAAAACUAUCACCACGAAAGAAAAGACCAUUGAUUGAUGAUUGUGCACAGAUCCCAACAUAUAAUCAUAUUGGAAGUCUUAGUGUGGAUUAUGAUGAUGAUGUUUUCUUACCAGAUAUUAAAAAUUAUGGUACAGACAAAAACAAAGAUCCGUCGCCUAGCGCCACUACCGGUGCAGGACGUUUAUGGUCAUUUAUGAGUUCUGUUAUACGCUUGCCAAGUUUUACUGGAAAAAGAGAAACGAAUGAUGAUUAUGAUAAUAAUAAACAUUCUCUUUUGAAACGUUGUGCUUCCAUAGCAGGCUCAUUAGUACGUCCAAAGCCAUUAGUUGAUGAAGAACACCUUCAGAGUUUCAAACGUAAACGAACCCAUACUCUAGACAAUCAAUACCAAUUAGAUAUGGGAGACCCCAUCAAAUCGCCUAAUGCGGAUGGCUGUUCAGUAUCAUCUAAACGUUUUCGUAUUUAUGGUCGAAAACCUAUUGAUCGUAUGCGUGUUAACUAUUUAUAAACAAAUACUUUUAAUU